UAAUUUCCCUAUAUUAACACCCAUAUUACAUUUACACAUAACAAAACAAAACAAAAACAAAUGCAAAUGCAACCUCUCACUUGUAACAAACCACCCAAACCCACCUCAUGAUUUCCCUCCCAAAAUACAACCACCAAAACCUCCUCCUUCUCCUCCCCACCACCACCAUCAACCCCACCACCCUCCUCCUCCUCCGCCUCCUCCUUUGUGAUCAUCUCCAUCCCACCACCACCACCACCACCACCAUUAUCAUGUCCGUAGUCUUCGAAGUCAACCAACUCGACCAACUCAGAGACAUAUUCUCUCGCUUCGACAUGGACUCCGAUGGCAGCCUCACCCUCCUCGAGCUCGCCGCCCUCCUCCGUUCCCUCGGCAUCAAGCCCUCCGGCGACCAAAUCCACGUCCUCUUAGCCAACAUGGACGCCAAUGGCAAUGGCACCGUCGAGUUCGACGAACUCGUCAAUGCCAUCACACCUCACAUGACAGAAGACCUCCUCAUCAACCAAGGGCAGCUUCUAGAAGUUUUCAAAUCGUUCGAUCGAGACGGCAACGGCUAUAUCACCCUAGCCGAGCUCGCCGGAUCAAUGGCGAAAAUGGGUCAGCCAUUGACUUAUAAAGAGCUUACAGAGAUGAUCAAAGAGGCUGAUACAGAUGGAGAUGGUGUCAUUAGCUUUAAUGAAUUUGCUUCCAUCAUGGCUAAGUCGGCCGCCGAUAUUUUCGGAUUCCCGGUGUCAUAGUUGCCGCCCGAGGUUUGAUUCGUUUAUUUAUUAUAUAUUUAUAUACGUACAUAUAUCAUGAUUUUAAAUAAUGAUAUUAAAAUGCGUAUUAAUAUCAGUAAUACAGUCGUGUAUCGACUGAGUCUUGGUAUAUAUAUGUAUAUUUUUUUAUAGGACUAAUUGUUAGAUGCUGUGAUUGAAUUGUAAAUUAACAUGCCAUUAGGAUUUAAAUGUAUAUGACUAAGGAUUUUAGGUUUUUUGGGUUAUUUUUAUGUUGUUGUUACAUUUUGGAUUAUAUGAGAAAAUUUCUAUUUAUUUAGGCAUAUUUGUGUUCUACUUGAUUAGGUUUGUUAUUGGUUUGUUGUUGUGCUCAGGGAAAAUGUUUUAUUAAAUUGAUUUGAAAAGGACUUGUAAUAACUUGUUUUUCAGAAACAUUUUACUUGUGUUUUAUGUUUUUUACUUUCAUUUUUGUAGCGAGGGAUAGAGAAAUGAUUUGUACACAGAACAUGUCUGUGUUUUUCAUGAAGUUCUGUUAUGUAUUAGAAUUUGUAUGUUUUUGGAAACAAAAACAAUGAAAACGUAAAAAAAAACACGCAUCAUUUUCAUAUUUCUGAAAUUGGUUGGGUGGUUUCUAUCUCUUGUUAUUUGUAGUGCUUAUUAUGCUUUUUCUUUUUUUCCUUUUUUUCUGUACCUAUUUUAUGUUUUAUUCAAAACAAUGCACAAUCAAAACACAUUACGUGUUUUC